GAUGAGUCAUCCAUGUUCUUCCAGUUUGGCCCAUCGAUAGAACAGCAAGCCUCUGUGAUGCUCAACAUCAUGGAAGAAUAUGACUGGUACAUUUUCUCCAUUGUCACUACUUACUUCCCUGGUUACCAGGACUUUGUGAACAAGAUCCGCAGUACCAUUGAGCACAGCUUUGUGGGUUGGGAACUGGAGGAAGUCCUCCUGUUGGACAUGUCCCUGGACGAUGGGGACUCAAAGAUCCAGAACCAGCUCAAGAAGCUCCAAAGCCCUGUUAUCCUCCUCUACUGCACAAAAGAAGAGGCCACCUACAUUUUUGAGGUGGCCAACUCUGUAGGUCUGACAGGCUAUGGUUACACGUGGAUCGUGCCCAGCCUGGUGGCAGGGGAUACAGACACAGUGCCAUCUGAGUUCCCCACCGGGCUCAUCUCUGUCUCAUAUGAUGAAUGGGACUACGGUCUUCCUGCCAGAGUGAGGGAUGGAAUAGCCAUAAUCACCACGGCUGCUUCUGAUAUGCUGUCUGAACACAGCUUCAUCCCUGAGCCCAAGAGCAGCUGUUACAACACCCAGGAGAAAAGGAUUUACCAGUCCAACAUGCUCAACAGGUACCUGAUUAAUGUCACCUUUGAAGGCAGGAAUUUGUCGUUCAGUGAAGACGGAUACCAGAUGCAUCCCAAGCUGGUGAUCAUCCUUCUGACCAAGGAGAGGAAGUGGGAGAGG